UUAGGCCAAACGAAAAAAUGGUGAUUUGAGCUUAUUCCUAUUUCUUUCUCUCAUCUUCCUUUUCCCCCCAAUAUUUUAACGGAACUAACUGACAAAAAUCCUCUCACUCUCCGCCGAUCCCCAUUUCUCCACCGUCACAAAUGUUGCCUUACUCCUCCCUGCAAGAGGCGGAAACCGCCAUCGGACGAUCGCUCACCGGAGCCGAAACCUUGUGGUUCAAUUACACGGCCAACAAAUCCGAUUACGUCCUCUACUGCCACAACAUUCUAUUCCUUUUCCUCAUAUUCACUCUUGUACCUCUCUUCUACGUUCUUAUUGAACUUAUAUUUCGCGAUUACGUUGCAGCUUACAAAAUUCAACCCAAGGUUAAGUUUUCUUUGUAUGAUAACUUCAGAUGCUACUUCGAUGUAAUGCGCAUGUUCAUCCUCGUGGUCGGACCUCUCCAGCUCGUCUCUUAUCCUUCGAUUCGAAUGAUUGGCAUUCGAACAAGCUUGCCCUUACCGUCAUUAAUGGAGAUUAUAUCUCAAUUGGCGGUCUACUUUCUUAUUGAGGACUAUACUAAUUAUUGGAUCCAUAGACUUUUGCAUUGCAAGUGGGGGUAUGAAAAAAUUCAUAAGGUUCAUCAUGAAUACACAGCACCGAUAGGGUUUGCAGCUCCAUAUGCACACUGGGUGGAGGUACUGAUCCUUGGGAUUCCAUCUUUUCUGGGUCCCGCAAUAGUUCCUGGACACAUGAUUACAUUCUGGUUAUGGAUUGCCUUGAGGCAGAUUGAGGCCAUUGAGACUCACAGUGGGUAUGAUUUACCCUGGACAUUUACAAAAUAUAUCCCUUUUUAUGGUGGCGCCGAUUACCAUGAUUAUCAUCAUUACGUUGGAGGGCAAAGCCAAAGCAACUUUGCAUCCGUGUUCACUUACUGUGACUACAUAUAUGGAACAGACAAGGGUUACAGAUACCAAAAGAGACUCCUGCAGCAGUUAAGAGAUGGCUUGGGGAAGGAAAAUGGUGGAUUAUUUGCUUCUUCGCCAGAUAUCAAAUUGGAGUGAAAGAAGAAAAGAGCAUGCAUGCUUGACACCAGCAUUGAUUUCCAGAUAAGUUAGGAAUUUCCUUUGGGUUUGGUGGAACUACGAAAGAGGACUCUUAUGUAUAUUAUGUGGUGGAGGACUUCUAUUUUCUGUGUUUAGGUUUCUCUAUUUGAAAUUGAAUGGAAUAUCGUGAUCGUUACACAAU